AUGUUCGGGCGCACGGACUGUCCUGAGCUACAAGUUGUACACGGCUCUGAGAAACCAUCUCACCGGUGCAAGAUCGCUGACGCAGAGAGCACACAAGAGAAAGAAGACGCUGGGCACGACUUACUGCACUGA